UUGUGGCCCAAAAUAUGACCUCAAUACCGAAUCAGCGAUAAUCAGAUAGUCGUCCCCCACCCCGAUUUUAAUACCCAUAAUUAGAACCGUCCAUGACUCUUGAUCUUGAGUCUUAUGUUGGAGGUUCUUUUCCUUGGUCUUGGGGUGACGUCUUGGUCUCGACUUUAUUGAGCUUUUGAAAUAUACACUCCUAAAGAUGAGUGAAAAUCUUCGGUCUUGGAAAGCUCCACUCCUAAAGAUGCACCUCAAAUUUAUGAUAUUUUUUAAAAUUUUAUUUGAAUAUUGGUUGAGUAGAGAGAUAAUUUUGUCUUUUGUGUUGCUAUUAUGUAUCAAGAAAAAUUGUUAA